AUGCUGCGCGCGCCGCGGACCCUGGCUCCGGCCACAGCGCAGCCCACAAAGAGCUCGCCCGCGCUGAACCCCGCCGAGCCGCUGUGGCCUGCGGGUCUCAGCAGCCCCCAGCUCUGUCCGGCCACCGCCACCACCAGCACCACCACGUACUACACUUCGCUUUACACGCAGACGGUGCCUUCCGCUGCGGCGCUGGGCACCUGCCUCGACGCCACUCCCCACGGACCCGAGGGCCAGAUUGUGCGAUGUGUGCCCGCAGGCCGGCUGCCGGCCAAGAGGAAGCUGGACCUGGAGGGCAUUGGGAGGCCUGCGAUCCCUGAAUUCCGGACUCCCAAGGGGAAGUGCAUCCGAGUGGAUGGUUUGUCAAGCCCCAAAACCCCCAAGUCUCCUGGGGAGAAGACACGCUAUGACACGUCGCUGGGGCUGCUCACCAAGAAAUUCAUUUACCUCCUGAGCGAGUCGGAGGAUGGGGUCCUGGACCUGAACUGGGCAGCCGAAGUGCUGGAUGUGCAGAAGCGACGCAUCUAUGACAUCACCAACGUGCUGGAGGGCAUCCAGCUCAUCCGCAAGAAGUCCAAAAACAACAUCCAGUGGGUAGGCAGGGGAAUAUUUGAAGACCCCACCCGACCUGCGAAGCAGCAGCAGCUGGGCCAGGAGCUGAAGGAACUGAUGAAUGCGGAGCAGGCCUUGGACCAGCUCAUCCAGGGCUGCUCGCAGACCUUCAAGCACCUGACGGAAGAUAACGCCAACAAGAAACUGGCCUAUGUGACUUACCAGGACAUCCGUGCUGUGGGCAACUUCAAGGAGCAGACAGUGAUCGCUGUCAAGGCCCCUCCACAGACAAGACUGGAAGUGCCGGACAGGGCGGAGGACAACCUGCAGAUUUAUCUCAAGAGUACCCAGGGGCCCAUUGAAGUCUACCUGUGCCCGGAGGAGGUGCAGGAGCCAGACAGUCCUGCCAAGGAGGCCCUCCCCUCCACCUCUACCCUCAGCCCCAUCCCUGACUUCGCCGAGCCCAGCUGCGGCCCCGACCCUGGGAUCGCAGAGGCCGUAACGUCUUCAGUGCUGCUGCCCCAGCCGGUCCCGCCACCACCAGCACCAUCCCUUGUCCCCUUGGAAACCACUGACAACAUGCUGGAGCUUUCGCACCCACUUCUGCAACAGACUGAGGACCAGUUCCUGUCCCCAAUCCUGACCGCCAGCUCCCCUCUGAUCAACUUCUCCCCGCCCUUGGACCAGGAUGAAUACCUGUGGGGCAUGGACGAGGGUGAGGGCAUCAGCGACCUCUUUGAUUCCUAUGACCUUGGGGACCUGUUGAUUAAUUGAAGAGUCCUGCCUCUGUCUCUACCUCCUCACAGACAGAUUAACAGGCUCUCUGCCCAUAUGGGGGACACUGGCCACUAGGUGUCACCCUUGUGUGCAAGUGGCUCCGUUCCAGCCUUCCUUCCGUGGAGGCCAGCUAGGGAGACUCGGAGGACAUGAGUGAGGAGUGUGUCAGGGGCUAGGCCCUGGUCCUCCUCUUCUGAUCUCUGACCCCUUCAUGAAGGACAACAGGGUGCAGGUGACCGUGUUCAGGGAAAGGGUCUGCUGCCUCCUUCUGAGGGGCAGUUGGACCCUGGCUUUUUCAAGAAGCACUUAAUGCCUUUGUAUUUAUUUCAGGUUUGUUUGUUUGUUUGUCCGCCCUGAGUUUUAGCAGGGAGAUUUGUUCUAGUUUCUCCUCAGACAGGCCCUCCCAUGCCCACUGUCUAAGGGAACACCUGGAUUUCCAGGGGCCCAGGGCCAACUCCUUGGCCCUCCUUCCACAGUGGUACCUGGGUCUCGAGGACUAUCCAGUUUGCUUGAAUGUUAAUUGCACUUAGGCCUUGUAAUUCUAGUAAAGUGCAGGGCCCAGGCACGGCGUCAGCUUAGGAUUCUCCAUCUCUUCCAUCCCAGAGAAGGUCCCAGUAACUGUGUUGGGGGAGGUAGCGUUGAGGUACAGGAGCAGGUAGCCAAGAAGAUUCCCUUCCUGUUGGAUCUCUUAUCUCUCCUGAGCCUCAAAAUGUAAAUACAGGCCUUCAGGAAUUAGGCCAGAAGAGCCCCUGGGAAAAUCAGGAGGCACGUGUCAUGCAUACUGGAGAUUACCCAAAUCAGAACGUCUGCCUCGUCCUGGUCAGAGACCUGGGAGGUGGAGACAGAGACAAGUGUGAGGAAGAAGACCAGAAGCACCCCACAGGCUACCUGUGCUUCCCUGGGAGAAUUGUUUGGUUUCUUGGUCACAGUUGUUGAAGGGGCAGAUUCCUUAAGGACCGGCCUUCCCAAGCCCUCACUCCAUCUCCAAGGUCCCAAGUGACAGGAGCUUGGGGGCAGGUUUGCACCUUUUCCCCAUUGGAAUGCUGAGGGGAUGACGGGGCGGAGGGUGGGAUGCUCUUCACUGCAGAGUAGGUCUCAGCAGCUCAUGAGGAGAUGGUGUGGGGAUCUGGGAAGAGCCUUGGGCUUAUUUCCCCAUAGGCUGACCAUCCAGGGUCUCUGUAGUCCUGAUGGGGACAGGAGUCUGCUAGUCUCCCUUGUCCUUCCUGGGAUGAGGAUGCUGGGCUGAACCAAGGCCGUGUGUUCUGGACAACACAUGGUGGGCCCAGGGGAAAGAGGUCUUCCACCCAUCUUCAGGGAGCUCGGGUUUCUCAGGGGCUCAGCAGGA